AUGAAGAAACAAUUCUAUAGAGUGAAGCAACUUGCGGAUCAAACGUUUUCAAGAUCAGGGAAAAACGAAGCUUUGACAGAUGAGCUACAGACAGCUGAUCGAAAGGUAGAGCAUUUACGAAAUGCACUCCAGUUGAUUAGUAAAAAACUGGCAACUUGUGCCGGUAGUACACAGGGUCAGGAUCCAGCUGCCAGAGAAAAACGACUAAAGAAACUACCAGAAUACAUGCUGGGCCUCUCCAUGUGUGAAGCUAGCAACUAUGAUGACGAUGACAGUAUUCUAAAGUAUAUUCUGUAUGAAUGUGGAAAACAAGAGAAGAUACUUGCCAAUGAAAUAGCAGAGCAUGAGUUAAAAGUAGAGCAACUGGUGUGCGCACCCCUAACAACUAUCAGUGAUCAAGACCUACCUGCUAUUAUGAAAGCAAAGAAACAGCUGAGCAGAUUGAUAAGUGAGAAAGAGAUUGCAGCUAGUAGAUACCACCAUCUAGAACGCCAAAAAGAAGAGAAUCCGACAAAACUAAACGCGGCGAGAGAGGAAUUAGAAGAAGCAGGCACCCGUGUAGAGUCAGCUCGUGACGCACUAGCUGCUGACAUGUUCGCACUAGUCGCUAAAGAAGCGCAACUUGCUCAUACACUACUGCAGUAUGUAAAGCUGCAGAGAGCGUAUCACGAGUCUGCACUUCACUCGUUGCAAGAUACCGUGCCUGAGCUGGAAAGAUUCAUUAAUGACAGCUCAGUAAAGCCGGUGUUUGGAUAUCCUCUCGAGGAGCAUCUUCGAGUGACGAGCCGUACGAUCGCCUUCCCCAUAGAGCUGUGCGUAUGCACUCUCCACGAAUUGGCCCUCAGCGAAGAAGGCCUGUUUAGGAUUGCCGGCGGUACAUCGAAAGUAAGGCGAAUGAAGCUAUCUCUAGACGCAGGUCUGUUCAAUGUGCCUUUACCUCGCGACUAUCGCGACAUGCACGUAGUUGCGUCUGUUCUUAAAUCAUAUCUGCGCGAAUUACCUGAGCCCCUAUUAACUUACCGUCUAUACGAAAACUUCAUCGCUGCCUCGCGGCAACCUUCCGAACAAGCCCGAUUAAACGCUCUCUGGGAAGCUAUACAUCUUCUGCCCGAUGCUAACUUCCAAAACCUUAGGUACCUUAUAAAAUUUUUGUCUGCUUUGACACAAAACCAAAGCACUAACAAAAUGACCCCUUCUAAUUUAGCCAUAGUUAUUGCCCCGAACCUCCUAUGGGCCGCGGACGAGAGCACGUUCGACAUGAACAUUACCACAGUCGUCAAUUGCGUGGUAGAACUGCUCAUAAAACACGCCGAUUGGUUUUUCCAAGACGAUAUCAAUUUCUUUAUAUCUUUUACCAAAGAAGACCUUCUCCCUGACCACUGCGAAUAUGGGUUCACCCCCCAUUUUGUGCACGGUUACAAUCAAACUGCGGCUCUGACUCAGGAGCAAUCGAAUGGGGACUACAGCAGUAUGAGCAAAUCAAUGUGCGACUACGGCUACCAAGCGCUUCAGAAUAGAAACAACGCAGACGGACCUGGCCGCCACUCCAGAAGUAACAGCCACGACACUAGUUUAAUAUUGAUAGAAAACGAAAUUAAAAAAGCUCAAUCUAAUAGUUCCCUAUCUGACCAAUCUAGUCCACCACACGGCAGUCCGAAGCCGAUAAUGAGACGAAAAAAUAAACCUUUGGCGCCAGUGCCGCCCAACUUUACGCCGGAUAAAAGCAAGAAAGUCGAAGCUCAGGUGCAAACGUGUGCUAUCGAACCGGCGAAGGAAGCGCAACCCGCGGCAAAGGAACUGCAUCACGCGGUAAAGGAACCGCAACCUUCGGUAAAGGAGGCGGAGAAACCGGCCAAGCCCCCGCGGCCAGUCAUCUCCGACACUGGGAAAGUUAUAUCGGGUGUGCAGACGAUCAACCGCUCCACCUACAGACAGAAUAAGGCUAUGAAGGAGGAAGCCGCGCGGAGCGGCAGUCGCGAAAACCUCGCCGACGUGCGGCGACAGAGCCUCGAACUGGAGAAAGAGAAGCUGGACAGUCUAAAGGCGGUCGACACACUCGUCGUGAAAAACGUGACCGCUCAGACGGGCGUCGUGGGUCGGAUGAAAAUCGGCGGAGAUCCGUCGAGCGGGCCCGCUUCGUUAGGCGCGGCGCCCCGUCAACCGAUCACCAAACCAGUCGGCCAACCGCCCCCUCGACCCGUCGCCGCGCCGCGAACGCUACUACCUGCGCCUCCCACCACUGUACCCGCCCCCGCCGAAUCAGAUGGCGAAGUGCAACUCCGGCACAAGCCCGCCGUGCCCGAGCGGCCGGCCACGCUGCGACCGCAGAGUUUCCGAGCUCCGCGAGGAUCCGGCCCCGACGCGGAGGUGACGCCGACGAUGCUGGAGCGCACGCAUAUAUACACGGUGGACAAGCAGCACCCGACCGUGAUCCAAGUGGGCGGGCCCGAGGCGGAGGAGGGGCCGCGGGCGACGGUGCAGCGCACGCACAGCUCGGGCGGGAAGGACGCGGAGUUGGACGAGCCCAAGUGUUUGACGGGUCUGAGCCGGCAGCUGUCCCAGUCGGAGGGCAGUAUAACGGAGUCGCCGCAGUCGCCGCGGCCGCAGACGUCGCGCCCACCGCGCCCCCUGGUGCCGGCGCCGCCGCCCCCUGUUGCCCCGCCAGCCCCCACCCCGCCCCACGAGAGCACCGACCUCUAG